ACAGCUGGGUCACAGUGUUUCACAAGCCAGUGGUCUGGGCCGCAGGAGAGUUCAAGUUCAGGAGUUUCUUCUCAGCCGCGGCCCCGGAAAAGGAUCGCACUGGCCAGGAAGUUUUGUCUGGUAUCCCCGCAGCACGGGCAGCGACUCCAGGGUGAUUGUUGGCCAUGCCCGCGUCGCCGCCGCUCGGAGGCGGGUGAAGCUCCGGGACGCGCGGAGCCGGGGAGACUCGAGGUCCCCGCGCCGCGAUGGGCUCCGGAGCGCGGCGCGCGCUGCUCCUGCUGCUCCUUCUGCGGACCGUGGCCGAGCCGGGGCCGCCGCCGCGAUCCCAUUCUCUGCGCUACCUCUUCAUGGGCGCCUCAGUGCCGGAUCUUGGGCUGCCCCUGUUUGAGGCCUUGGGCUACGUGGACGACCAGCUGUUCGUGUCCUACAGUCACGAGAGUCGCCGUGCAGAGCCCCGCACCCAGUGGGUCCAGGGUGGGGCCACCAGCCAGCUGUGGCUGCAGCUGAGUCAGAGCCUGAAAGGCUGGGAUCACAUGUUCAUUGUGGACUUCUGGACCAUCAUAGACAAUCACAACCACAGCAAGGUAACGAAGCUCGGGGUGCUGUCAGAGUCCCACACCCUGCAAGUGAUCCUGGGCUGUGAGGUACAAGAGGACAACAGCACCAGGGGGUUCUGGAAGUAUGGGUACGACGGGCAGAACCAUCUGGAAUUCUGCCCCGAGACGCUGGACUGGAGAGCAGCAGAGCCCAAGGCCCAGGCCACCAAGUUGGAAUGGGAAGUGAACAAGAUUCGGGCCAAACAGAACAGGGCCUUCCUGGAGAGGGACUGCCCUGAGCAGCUGCAACGCUUGCUGGAGCUGGGGAGAGGGGUCCUGGACCGGCGAGUGCCCCCUCUGGUGAAGGUGACUCAGCGUGUGGCCUCGGCUGUGAGCACCCUGCGGUGUCAGGCCCUUAACUUCUACCCCCAGAACAUCACCAUGAAGUGGCUGAAGGACGGGCAGCCACAGGAUGCCACGGACGUUGAGCCGAAGGAUGUGCUGCCCAACGGGGAUGGGACCUACCAGGGCUGGGCAGCGUUGGCCGUAGCCCCCGGGGAAGAGCAGAGAUACACCUGCCAAGUGGAGCACCCCGGCCUGGAUCAGCCCCUCACUGCCGCCUGGGAGGCCCCAGAGUCUGGUUCCCUGGUCAUUGGAGUCAUCAGUGGGAUCGCUGUUUGCAUCAUCCUCCUUUUUACUGGAAUUCUGUUCAGAAUCUUAAGGAAAAGACGGGCUUCAAGAGGAGCCAUGGGGGACUAUGUCUUGGCCGAAUGUAAGUGACGGACAGCCUGCAGACCCCUGUGGGGAGGAGACGUGGAGACUCAAAGAGAGGGCGCCGCUGUGGCCCUCUUGGUGUUCCAGAGCAGGACUGGACUGAACGAACGGGAACUGCACCAGGAAGUCUCUGCUUGCGUCCUGCCUUCUUCAUUUUUGGAAAGUUCCUCCCAUUUCAGUUUUUGAGUUCCCGCGUGCCAGACAACCCCAGCGCUGGCCUCGGGGCAGAACAGCCUCCUUGAAUCACCAGCUGCCUCUAGGGCCUGCCUUCGCUUCUGCAUCACUUCCCACUCCGCGUGCCCACGUCAUCGCAUCUCCUACCUCGGGAAUAGCGCUCCUGAAAUCUGGGGGACUCACGGUUCCUUUCAACAUCUGAGAAAAACAAUGAACUUUCUCCUUGGGACAUAACACUCUCAUGCCCUUACCAGAAUUUUGCACAUACAUUCAGGCAUUUCCUAGGCCCAUCCGAGUUUCCUUUUGGUCCCCCCUCUCUCUGUUGUCCAGUAAUUCACCUGUCACCGCCCCUCUGGUCUCUUCCAUCAGAGGGUGAAGUGGGUCAGUGUACAGUGGCAAAGGCCGUGCACCGCACAACCCAAGGAGGCACCUUUCCCAGAAGAGCCAUUGUGGAUGCCUCUGUUUAUUUAUGAUAGUUUUCCAGGAAGGGGGUGGGAAAUGUCUUGAAGAGGGUAUCUUUUUCUAUUUGGCAGCAAGUUGUCACAGAUCCACACAGACUCACGAUUUACAUUAAAGCAUUCCUAGUGCC